GUGUGAGGUUGUUCUCAGAGAGGUCUCCCAGAGGAACCAGAGCCGCAGCAGUGCUACGAACAGCAGCAGUGCUCAGACCUUCACUGGCAUCCUCUCAGAGAACCUCCACUCUUUGGCCACCUCCCUCCCCAGACUGAUGAGGACCUCUGACGACCAGAAGAAGCUGUUUAUCCUCAACGUGUUUCUGGGUUAUUUAAAGGUCCUGGGCUCGCAGGUCUCCGUGGUGCUGAACUCUGCAGCGCAUCUCCAGAGGAUUUCCAAAGCCUUGAUGCAGGUGCUGGAGCUGGAUGUGGUGGAUGUUCGCAUCGUGGAGGAAAGGAGUUACGCUGCUACCAUAGAGACCAGCUCAGACUCUUAUAAUUCCUACGCCGCUCGCAUACAGAGAAGGCAUUUUCUCUACUUCACAGAUGAGAAGAUCUUCUCUCUGCUCAUGGAGAUCUGUAGAACAUUAGGUUACUACGGCAACAUUUACCUGCUGACAGAUCACUUCCUGGAUCUGUACCAGCAGUCCUCAUCGUACAGGAAGCAGGCUGCCAUCGUGCUGAAUGAGAUCGUCAGGGGCGCAGCAGGAAUCAGCGUGGCAACAGAAGCUCAGGGUUUGGAGAGUCAAGUAUGGGGAAAGUCUGUCACCAAGGACGACAUUAAAGUGGCAGUGGUGUCCAUCAUGGAGGAGUACACCAGUCUGAACAACUGGCACCUGAUCACCGUCAGCGAGGAGACGGAAAGAGACCGACAGGACCAGCAGCUGCUCAGCCCCUCCAGCCUCCUCUCCAUAUCCAACAGUAACGUCGGCGGCCACACUCAGACAAACUCCAUCCAAGAGAUUUCUUCAUCCUUCGGCUCGCAGUCUUCCUCGCCAUCAACCUCCGCCCUCCACCAGCUCAACAGCAACAUCUGGCAGCUGUGUAUCCAACUGGAAGGCAUCGCCUGCUUCGCUCAGGCACUGGGGCGGGACUUUCGGCCUCUUUUGAUGACAUCACUGUACCCAGUACUGGAGAAGGCCGGAGAGGAGACGCUGCUGGUGAGCCAGGCGGCGCUGGGCUCUAUGUGGGACAUCAGUAAGGCCUGCGGGUACCACUCCCUGAAGGAGCUGAUCACUGAGAACUGCGACUACCUGUUCAACGACAUCUCACUGAACCUGCAUAGGCUCAGCCAGCAUCCACAGGCUCCCCGGGUGCUGACGGUGAUGCUGACUCACUCUGACUGCAGCCUGCUGCCUCUGGUCGGGGACAUCGUCCAGGACGUGCUGAUGGCUCUGGAUCUCAGCUACCAGCACACAGCUGCUCUCUUCUGCUCCGUGCUGCACGCGCUCCUGAAGGCUCUGG